AUGCUUCUAUCUACUCGUGAUGCUCAGCUUGAAAGACGUUUGUCUCAGGCCUUAGCAGCAGAUGCUGUCGCGGAUCGGUUAAGUUUUGCUGGGACUGACAAUACCAGUUUUCAAGGAGAUGGGACCUCGGAAAAUCGUGUGCCGAGUAUUUUAUUCCCAGCUCAAUCUGGAACACAACCGGCAUCGGCCAUCGUAAGUAUCGAUGAAGAAACAGCAGUAGCAAACGAUACGACACAAAAAAAAUCUUCUCCGAAGAAGGGAUAUCGAUGGAAGAUGAGUCACUACUUUUAUGUUCAUAUUACUUUCUUCAUUCUCAAUGGAUUCUUUUGUGGAUUAGUCAUUUGGUUAAUUGAGAAUCAUUCUUCAGUUCGCAAUCAAUUAAUGGAAGUCGCAUAUGUCGACGCUUGGUUCGUUGCUAGUUCAUGUGUGUACAAUUGUGGACUGACAACCAUGGAUUUCGCUAAACUUUCUAAAGCUUCUCAAACUGUUCUAAUGGUUUUUACGUUUCUUUCCGGCAUCACGAUUAGUACAUUGCCAGCUUUGGUUGUUAAAGCUCGUUCACAUAAAAAUGUUCAAGGUAUAAAUGUUGAUGACGAUGUAGAAGAUGAGAAUGACGAUGAGCUGCCAACGAUUAAUACUCGUCGACGAAGACAUCUGCCGCAGGAAAUUCGUGAUCAAUUGGCUUCAUUACCAACGGCCGCGCAGCUUCGUUAUCGCGCUUAUAUAUUAUGUAUCGUUCUGAUUCUCAUCACUUGUUUUACUAUUUAUUCAUUAACAUUCAUUGCGAUCGGUACUUGGUUAUACUCACAAUAUACAUCCGAACAAUUAAUCCAAGGAAACUCGAGUAUUAACCCAUUUUAUAUUUCUUUCAUCGUAACAGUAACAGGUUUCAAUCAAAAUGGUUUGACACCAUUCUCCGAUGGAUUUUCACGUUUCGUUUACGAUGUUUUUCUCAAUAUAGCUGUCAUGCUUAUCGUAGUUAGCGGCACAUCGCUUUUCCCAUUCUUAUUUCGUAAUUGUGUCAUCUUAAUCCGUCGUCUAGCUCCAUGGCGGCACAAAGUUAUUUUCGAUUACAUUCUUAUGAACAACCAUCGUCUGUCCACUUUACUCUUUCCAGCUGUGCAAACUCGUAUUUAUCUUUUGAUCACCGCACUAUUAUACAUCUUAGGUGUCGGUAUCUCGUUAAUACUUGAUUUGAAUCGCAGUACAUUUGCUAUGUAUCCGCCGGGCACACGUGUGCUGAUAUUCUGUUUUCACACAGUCAACACACGUUUCGCGGGUUUUAACACAGUUGACAUGAAUUCGUUUGCAACAGCGACGUUGGUUGUUUACUUGAUGUUAAUGGCAACGAAGCCGCAAAUGUUGUGUGCGUUAGAUGAAACGCCUUUUGAAUUAUCAUGGUUAGCUUUACAAGCAAGGGAAGAGGUUGAUGCACAAACUAAUCCAACUGCACUUGCUCCGGAAAGAUUGAGUAUAGCUGGACGAAGUCGAGUCGGAUCGAUUUCUUCGUCAGCCUCCGGAGCUUUACCUAUCCGACAUAUGAAACAGUUCUUACGUCGGCAGAGUUUUGUAACCAAAGAUCGUGCUCGACAACAUUUUGCCAACACAGUAGGAUCUGAUGAAAAUCAAGAAAAUUCUCGAAGUUUAAGAAUAAUACGUAUUCGAUUGUUUUUAAUCUAUUUUAUUCGUGCUCUGAUGAAACAUACAUUUAGUUUUGUUGUUCUCACACGAACAUGGUUAUUUUUCUUCAUAUUUCUUAUCUGUGCGAUCGAAUAUCGUCGAAUUGCACCUGUUGAUCCCGAAAUAACACUAUUCAAAAUCAUCUUCGAGAUCAUAUCGGCUUUCGGUGCUGUUGGUUUAACACUGGGAUAUCCAAAUGUUUCAUCCAGUUUCGCGACUGUUCUUUCGCCUGCGAGCAAGACAAUUUUAGUUAUGACAAUGCUCAUGGGCCGACAUCGUGGUCUCCUGGCGUCAAUGAAAGAUCAAGAAGCGAUUGAGCACAGUGCAUCUGAUCUACUGCACCGUACACGAGAAGAACUCAUCUACAAAUACGAAAAAAAGAAGCCAAAAAUCAAUCCUAGUUUUGAACAAGAACCUGAAAUGAUCACAAUCCGAUUGUAA